AUGGCGCCAAUAUUAAUUACGGCGGAUGAGGAGAUUGCGACCACCGACCGGCGACGACCACCACCAUUGGACCCAUCCUGUCCGCAUCCACGGAUCAGCUCGUUUGUUUAACCUCAUUACUUGACCGCUUUUGACGUAGCUUUAGGAUCGAAGGGCUACGCGCGAAAGCCUCGCAAGAUGCCGCUAACCGAGUCUCUGAAGGCGUGGCGGAAGGACGAGGCUGUCAAGCGCUACGGCGCCGGUCGCGUUCGACUCCUGGGAGUGGGGCUGGUUAUGACGCACACGAUUCUCUGCAGAAUCGUAGAUUCCGUCGAAAAGUUGGAGACGACAGAGGACAUCGAGCGAGAGCUUACUGACUGGGAGGAUGUGCACCAGUAUAGUGCACAAAUACUCCUGGUGCUCAACGACUACCGUUCCUCUCUCUCUCCGCCUUCAACCCCGCCUGUGCCUGAAUUGGAACAGCCUUAUGCUCAUGGUACAGAUGCCACUCCCGUCCCACCCGGCGUGGAUUAAAGCUUUCCUUAGCGUCGACGGUCCCCAGCCUCCAACUUGACCUGACUCUUCUGUUAUCCCUGUCAUUCACUUUCUGUCAACAUUUCCACCUUCUUUGUCUCUUAAAAUUCCAAGCGGUAUCUAUAUGACUCGUUGGCCUAAGUGUCCCAAACCUCCUCGCUUUUGAAGUUCACUUCCUACGACAAGGCUAUCCUGAGGUGUGAGCGAAGCCACUGGCCGGUGUCACUGAAUCAGAAGAGAUUCCAAGCUGGGAAGCAGU